UAUGCAGUCAAACAAAACUUUAAAUGUCAGAUUAUCGACGGACGAACACGUGAUUUUAACAUCAAUACACACAAUCCAAAUCUGCUUUGUGGAUUUAAAAAGAAGUGGAUAAAGAUUUCAACAUAGCUGUUUAUUUACCUAACGAUGGCUUGAUUUGUUAUCUAAAGAUCCGCUGAUGGUCUGGAUCAACGAAUCAUAAGAAUUGAUAUUGCAUUUUAUUAUUUUCUGACGGUAUUAUUCAAGACAAUUGUUUUAACAAAUUAAUGUUAAAUUAACUAGUUUGUGUUAUUUGUGCGAAACAUAUCUGGAAGCAAAUGAUUUAGACAUAUUUUCAAAGACAUCGAUAUUAGAAUUUGGAUACAUAUUAUCAUUUUUGUUUAAAAAAUGUAAAGUCGUAAAAUGAUUAAAUAAGAAUGACAUCUUUUGUACAAGUGACAUCUUCCGCGCCUAGUAAUAAUAAUAAUAACAAGAUAAAGACAAGACAGAAGCGAUCGUCAAUAUUGUCUCCUCUGCCUGAAGACAGCGAUGAAGAAGAGCCAAAAGCACCAAAACCUCCAACGUUAGACGAUUUCAUUCCUACAGGGCAGAGGAUAUUUCUCACGGAGGAACAUGAUAGUUUUGGAGACGAUAACGGCAACGGUCCAGAAGUGUGUUCCGACGAAAUUACUCUUAAUGGACUUAAUGGUGAUUGUUUUAUUGAAGAUGAAUUUUUAGAAGGAGAAUUUGUUUCGGAUGAUAGUUCUGUGCAAUCUACUGAUGAUGAUUAUGAUACAGAUUUAGAGGUCAACGAAGAAGAAUGGUUACAUCCUUCCAAGAACGACUAUCAUGACACAACGGGGAAGAAAAAAUACAUGAAAGUGUGUAGUGACAUGGGGAUACAUCCUGUGUCAUAUAUUGUGAAUAACUUAGAACAGAAAGAACUCAAGCUCCGAUUUCACGGUCUUGAUCAACUUAGUAUAAAAGCAAUAUCUAUACCUCUAGAGACAAAUACAAAUGUAGAAAUAUUAAACUUACAAGGAAAUGGAAUAGAUCCUCUUGGAGCUAGAUGUUUAUGUAGGGUUCUCCGAGAGAAUCUCUUUUUGACAGAAGUGGUGCUAUCUGAAAACAAGAUUGGAACGGAAGGUGCUGUGGCAUUAUGUCAAUUUCUUAAAGGAAAUCGCAACUUGAUUAAAGUUGACCUUACAGAUAACGAAAUUGGAGAUUCUGCUGGACAGAGCUUCUACGAAGUGUUGAAGGGUAACAAGUCAUUGAAAGAAUUAUUACUUUGUAAUAAUCACUUUGAAGAAAAUGCCGCUACAUGGUUCAGAGAUGGUUUGUCAGAAAAUGACACGUUAGAAGUUAUUGAUUUAGGCUGGAAUCCGUGGAAAACGAGAGGAGCAGUAUGUCUGGCCGAAGGGUUGGCGGAAAAUGUUGGACUACGGCGUGUUCGGUUUGUAAUGGCAGGUUUAGGAAAGUUGGGUGCGCAGGCAUUAAUGGAUGCCCUACUACAUAACAGGACUCUACAAGAGCUGGAUAUCAGCUAUAAUAGGAUACCAGUAGAAGGGGCAAACUGUAUAGCUUCCGGUCUGAAGAAAAAUGAUACUCUUAAAAUAUUAAAAAUAGGAAAUAAUCCAUUUGAUGCAGACGGUGCCAUGGUAAUACUGGAAGCCGUCGAAAGUAAUGAAACAUGUGCAAUAAAUCUUCUAGACUUUAGUAAUAUCAUGGUUAAAAUAGAAUUUAAAAAAAUACAGGAUAGACUCAUGACUGAGCGAAAUAUGAAAAUUACAAACGAAGGCGUUCUUCCCGACACACAAACGGAUCCAGAAACAUUUGCAAAAUUGACUGCUUUCCGUAAAGACCCAAUUGAAGCUUUCAAACGUCAUGUUUAUAAUUGUGGCGUCAAUCUGUGUGAUGUGUUUAAUGUGGAUAAUGAUCUGAAACUCUCCGUCGUAGAUUUUAAAGAUUUAAUAAAGGGUGCUGGUAUUGAUAUUCAAGGACCGUAUUUCUCUUUUCUGAUGAAAGUUUUAGAAGAAAAUGGAAAUGUUAAUUACUGGCGUUUAUUUGAUAAAAAUGCCAACGACGAAGUUAUGGAAACUGGGAAACCAGGAAAACCAAGUGUUACUAUAAAAAUCGUCGAAGAACCGCGACCAAAGGGAAAGAAAUCGGCAAAAGACAGAAGUGAUUCAGCUAAAUCAACCAAAAAGAAAAAGAGUAAAGAUAAAGCAAAGAAAAAAUGAUAGUUUGUGUCAAAAAUUCAUUCCCCUAAUCAUUUUACUCAUUUGUGCCAUACAAAUUCAUCAGUUCAUUUCAUAUGUAAUUACAUUAUCUGCAUUUAUUACAAGGUUAUGGCUUCUUACAAUGCUAUGUGAUUAUAUUAUGAUAGUUGUUGAUAUAGUAUUAAUUAAACCAAAAUGAAACACA